AUGUCUAACCCAAAAGCCUUCCCAUUGGCCGACUCCGCCUUGACCCAGCAAAUCUUGGACGUUGUUUCCCAGUCCCAGAACUUGAGACAGCUCAAGAAGGGUGCUAACGAAGCCACCAAGACCUUGAACAGAGGUAUCUCUGAGUUUAUCAUCAUGGCCGCUGACACCGAGCCAAUUGAAAUCUUGUUGCACUUGCCUUUGUUGUGUGAGGACAAGAACGUUCCUUACGUUUUCGUUCCUUCCAAGACUGCCUUGGGCAGAGCUUGUGGUGUGUCCAGAGCUGUCAUUGCCGCCUCUGUCACCUCCAACGACGCUUCUUCGAUCAAGAACCAGAUCUACGGUAUCAAGGACAAGAUCGAGACCUUGUUAAUUUAG